AUGUCAACUCCAAGCGUUUAUAAGGCUGGGGCCAACACCCAAGCCCGUGGUAUAGUCGGAAAAAUUGGAAAAGCCGCCCCUGCCCCAGCUCCCCGUGGCAAAGUUGAGACUGAUGCCAAGCACACCCCUAAGGACGCCAAAGAAAUGUUUUUGAAAAGGGUUCAGCUGUGCAGUGUCACUUAUGAUUAUUCAGACGACGAUAAAGACGUUAAAGCUAAAUCUGAGAGAAAUGCAGCUUUACAAAAUUUAAGGGAGUUUUUAAAUGACUCGAAAAAUGUGGCACAGUAUGUAAUUCCGCAUCUGGAUCUUGUCAUUGAUAUGAUCAAGAAAAAUAUCUUCAGGCCUCUACCGAUGGAUAAGAAAGGAGGAGAUAUACAUAUUUACCAAGAAUAGCCCACUAAGGAGCAUUUUUUGGUUGGCCGGACAAUACCUGGCUUGCCGAAUUCGUUGGCAUGCCAUAUUUUCUGGCUAACCAAAUUUAAGAAUGGCGAACCAAAAAAUGCUCCUUAGUGGGCUAUUCUUGGUAAACAGGUAUAAAUUGGGACCGGGAGAAGCGCAAGCUGAAGGAGGAGAUGAAGAUAUGGUCAUUGACCCAGCGUGGCCACAUUUGCAAGGGGUUUAUGAGUUCGUUUUUGAGCUUAUUAUAUGUGAAGCAACUGAUGUGAAAAGUUUGAAGGUUUUUAUAACUCCAAGCUUUAUUCAGGACUUUUUGCAGCUUUUUGAUAGUGAGGAGCCUCGAGAAAGAGACUAUUUAAAAAAUAUUUUAUAGUUAGCCAAUUCAAUAUGUUUUCAAAUAUUUAUUGUCAGAUUAUUUUUAUUAAUAAAAGUAUUUCUGUAUAAACUGUAUACAAUUGCUAUAUGCAAAAUUUGUUUCAAGAAGAAAAAUGAUAAGAAAAGCAAUAAACGACUCCUUCCUUACAAUGAUUCACGAAACACAAAGAUUCAACGGUGCCAGCGAGCUCUAACUCCCACCUAAAUAAACUAUUAGAAAAUCCCUAUUUUUUGCCCCAAAAACCCAUCUCCAUGAGUGAACAAAAAUUUUGUGAUAUAAAAGUUUUUUUGUGAAAAAUAUUCUGGUAUAUAAGUGAUAAAUAUUAUAAUGAUGAAAAAUCUUGCUAAUUCUAUUUAAUUUUAAACAGCUUGCAUUUAAAACAUAAAUUUUACAAUUAAAUUAAUAUUUGUUUUCUAACUUUUAUGAAUUACGAUUUUUUAAAUUAUGACAAAAAUUUUACUAUAAAAUUUAGAUAUAAAUUACCCCACUCGUGAGCGAACAAAAUAUUUUUUAUUCGUUCACAGAGAGAGGAGUUA